AUGUCGGUAGUACGACUGCCCUUAGCGCUGCUGGUCCUGCUCUCUCUGCAUCUGUGCGCAGGCCGUACGACCAACAGCUCCGAAUCGGAAGAGAUGGAAAGGUUCCAGACGAUCCAGGAGGCCAUAAAGGAAGAAGGGACCGAAGGCAUCGUGCACGAAUGGACCGGACUGAUGGUUUGCUGUUCGGCAUCUGUGAUGAUCGCGCUGCUGAUCGGCAACUUCCUGCACGUCUGCGAGGUCAGCAUCGUUAGCGAAUCCAGCGUGAUUAUUUUGGUGGGCUUCCUGCUUGGGGUGAUCUUGCCCACGGAUGGCUCCAUACUGGGCUGGGGGAUGGGAACAGUCGAUGUGGAGACGGAAGGGCUGCUGAUGGCGACCUUCUUGAACCUGUUCUUGCUGCCGGUGAUCAUUUUCGAGGCUGGCUGGUCCAUGACGCACCGGGACUUCAUCAAUCAGCUGUUCACCAUCUUGACGUUUGCGGUGCUUGGCACGCUGAUCUCGAUGCUUGUUGUUGGACUUCUGAUUAUGUCGACUUGCCACAUUCAUGGCGUGUGCCGUGCCCGAACAGCUUUCACCUAUGCUGCCCUCAUUUCGGCUGUGGAUCCCGUGGCCACCCUUGCCACAUAUGCGCACCUGCAAGUCGAUCCACUUCUCAAUAUCAUCGUUUUCGGUGAGUCUGUUGUUAAUGAUGCAGUGGCCAUUGUGCUGUUUCGUGUGUUGAACAGUUCGGAGAGCUUCGAGGACAUGAGCGUUGGGCAGGUCAGCGGACGCAUUGGAUCCCAGACUCUUUUGCUGCUCUUCGGCUCCGUUGGACUCGGCAUCAUGCUGGGGUUCCUCCUCAUGCUGACCACUCGCUACUGCCGCCUAGCGGACCAGACCCCCAGCCUUGUACUUUUCGUGUUUGUCUCCAGCUUCUUCAUCUAUUGCUUUGCGGAGCGAGUGUGCGGCAUGUCAGGAAUUAUUACCGUGCUCAUCGCUUCCAUGUUCGCGAGCGGUUUCGCCAAGCAUCAGUUUUCCCCGGAGGCGACGAUGUUUUGCGCCUUUGCGCUGAAGCAGGCAGCAACUCUAGCGGACAUGGUGGUCUUCCUCUUCUGCGGCAUUACCGCAGUGUACUGUGAUAUGCGAGGCAUGGUUUUCGGUGGGCUGGUCAUCGCUUUUUGCCUUCUCGGAAGAGCGGCCGCCGUGUUGCCGCUUGCGCUGCUCACGAAUGGCUUGAAGGCGGCGACUGGUCGGGGUGAGAGCUGGGAGAGAAGCUUGAGAUUAGAUUGGAAGAAGAUCUUCAUGAUGUGGCACGCGGGAUUGCGCGGUGGCAUUGCUUUGGUCCUCACGCUGGAGCUUGAGCCGUGGGUUGAUGAGGGCACGCCUGGCCAGAGGGACACCCUUCGCAAUGCCACGAUACUCAUCAUAGUUUUCUUCCUGCUCUUCUUCGGAGGCAGCACCAAAGUCUUGCUGAAGAAUCUGGGAAUCCCGAUGGAAGGUAAGGCCAAGCCCAUGCAUAUCCACCACGGAAAGUUCUGGCGCUUCCUUCAUCGCAUUCGCUAUCACGUGCUUGGCCCGAUGUUGAUCGCAGACUCAUCAAAGCUGAACGAGGGCGCCCUUCCUCAGCUCAUAGCUGAUAUCGCUGCUGUUGAGGGGAGGCAGAGUUCUUCCGCUUCGCUUCCACCCGGCCAGCGCUCUUCGCGGCUCCCGGUGAUCCAAUCGCAGCGAUCAAUAGAUGCCCGGCGUGGCGACGAAAUGGUCAGCCUUUUCGGAAUGGUGGACCCCUUGAAUGCGAACGAGUCUGGCUCAGAAGGCCUAACCGAUGCCAGCAGCAGUGAGGUUUGUGUUGGGCAGCUGUACCAUGACGGCCGUACAGGAAAGUGUACCGGUGCGUUUCGUAUGCUCUUGGGCGGGAGGUGCUCCGAAGAUGGGAGCCGGUCUUCGAUUUGGCAGUCAUUGGCAUUGGCCUGGGAUGAGCUUCCUGCACAUGGCGAUGUGACGACGUGUGAUGUUUGUACCCGACCUUCGUCAUUGUGGGUGCGAUUCGCCCAGGACAUCAUGGUCAUGCUCAGCCAGCUGACAAGGGCUGUCAUGAAUGUGGUCUCUAGCACCAAUAACCAUGUCAAGUUUCAGCGCGCCUUUGAGGCAAUGCGCAAAGCUUACAGAGAAACCAGCCGACCAGCUGUGCAGUCCUGGUUGGAGAACAGGAUUGGCCUAGCAAGCUUCGACAGAUCGUACUACUACACCGUAGACACAAAGCAGAAGAUGUUUUACGCGGCCAUCACAGCUGACUUAGAGGCAGCUCGGUUGGCAGAAGCGGGCUUCGACGAUGUGAGGAUACGCAUCUGCAACAUCAUAAACUUUUUCGACAUCAAAACCAAGCCAAAGGCUGCUCGGAUCAAUGCUGCCGUCAUCCGCCUGCUCGAGCGCGGAGACGUGUGGCGUGCGCAGCUUCUGCUCAGUCGUGGAGUGGCACUAGCUUUCAAAAAGCCGCUUUCGUCCAUGCGGGUAGGCAGCUGCAUUUUCGACGCAUCAUCUGAGCACAAGCUUUAUGGACAGGCACCAUCUGCGAACAGCUUGCAGCACCGCCUGUGUAGUGUGGGUGAUGCCGCUGCAGUGAAUCCCCUGUGCAUGAUGCUGGAGUUUUUGCUUGUGUAUCUCAUGUCCACCGGAUCCGGUUUUGGCUUGCUGGCUGCUAGUUGCUCAUUAGAACCAUAG